AUGGAGCCAGGGCACCUGGCUCUAGUGUGCUAUGGAGAAAUUCCGCCUGUGUGGCAUGUCAGGCUCCUCCUCUCACAGGUCCAUGAAUCUGAAUGGCUCAUAUUGACUCCAGAUUGGGAUCGUUAUUGUGAAAGGCUUGAUCAUCUGAAUCCAGACUUCACUGGUUUUGAGUAUUUAGGUGCCAAUGACCAACCACCUGCUCACAUUCCAGCUGGACAGAUCUACGGGUUCCAGGAUAUGUCUCCCCAGUUUUUGGCACAACAGAUGCAUGCUGGCAGAUUGGAGGCCAAUGCAGAACGUGUAGCUAGAGGCUUUCCCCCUCUUGCUCCUCCACGACAACCUCAUGUAGCCCCUGCUCCUGCACCUCCUCUCCCUCUGGCCAUGCCAGGUGUUUUGGGCGGAGCACCCAUUGCGGCAGCAGCGGCUGUGGUGGCUCCUCCUGGGGUCCCUGGUGUGGUGGGCGUGGCUGAUUGCUGGGUUGCCGCAGAGGAUGCGGGUGGACGUCGCAAAGGGGACAUUGUCUGCGUUGAUCCAGCUCCUCUUCCAGCUGGGUAUGUGUCUCUGGGCAACAAGGCCUUGAUUCCGGAUGUCGGAGGGGGCAGUGAGGGAUGCUUGGUGGUCAGAGUUCCUCAAGUUGAGGCUCCUCGAUACAAGCUGGAUGAUCUUAGGGUCUUGCCGGUGAGAUUUGAUCUGCAGGGCAUAAGGCGGCGAGAUUUCAAUGAUGCUGUGGCAGCGAUGGUUGAUGGUGUCCCCCAAGGGGGGGGCUUGCAACUUGAUGGACCCACAACUUCCCUGAAUAUCAUGAAGGGCCUUCGAGAUCAAAAUUUGACCCCCACAACCUUUCAUGAAUAUUGGCUUCGCACUGCAGAGAUUCCAAGAGGAGACCGUUCUACCUAUGAACACGAAUGCCUUAGCCGUAUCAUGGAAUCCUUGAUCACAGUGGACCAAUUGAAUGUUUGUGCGCUUCAGGGCGCAGAGUUGAUCUCUAGGCGCAUGCAGGUCACACGCGAAGCCCACAGGGUUUCGCCAUCAGCUCCUGACUAUUCUGCGGCCGAUUAUUUUAUGGGCUGGAGGUGGCGCAAGAGUUCACAGGGCAUCGAUCCAUCGCUAUCAGCGCAUGUUGCCACUGAGCUCAAGAAUGAAGCUGCCAUCAGCAAGGAGGCACGAAAAGCCCGUGAAGAGCAAGCAGCACGCCGCCGGGGAACUGGCAAGAAUAGCCAGGGCCAAGGUGUCUCAGUUUCUUCACGGAGACGCUCAGCUAAGGUCAGAGGGCGGGUGAAUGAGGUCAAUUCAAUCAUUGACUGCCUGAAUGAGAUGUACCUCCCCGGCCGUCAGGCUGAUGACACUCUCGGGGUGCUUGGCCCCACGGAGGCGCAUCGGGCUUGUCAUCAUUCCAUUUUUCAGGAUCUGGGAAAGCAUAGAAAAACUCAGAGCAAGUGUACAGAGCGUGAGGCUAUUCAAGAGCUUCUGCAAUCCACCGUCUCCUAUGCAGGGGACGAGAAUUUGAGUACGGUCCGGUCCUACGAAAGAGACCUUGUUUCCUUACCCGAUUGUGGCGCUGAGCCGGUGUCACUUGAGCAGGUCAUGGAUCCAGAAGGUCGAGAAUUCCUCGAGGACCCCCAGGCCAGCAUGAUGUUGAACGAGGAUGAGUGGGGGAAGAUUUGUGAGCAUGGCAACAACUUUAAACCCUACAUGGAUGAGAUACUGCAGAAGGAUAGGAUCAAGUAUCAACAGUUUGUGCAUGAUUUGUAUGACAAAGGCAUGAUUGAGUUCACCGACACACCUCAGGUGGUGGUGCCGAAGGACGAGAUCCUCUAUUGUGCGCAGUCAGACAUUAAGGACUAUUUCUACUCCUUAGCAUUGCCUUUGAAGUUAAGAUCUCUUUUCUGUUUGCCUCCUGUGGGCUUUGAUUUGAUGCAGGAAUGGGGAGUCGCCUCACACCUGCGAGCUUGUCUGGACCACAGCCGUUUUCUGGUAGAAGGGCAAUCAGCACCUUGUUUGGAAGAAGGCGAGGUAGCUCUUCUGCCAUAUGCUGACAAUCUCAAUGUUCUGGGAACUGACAGGGGCAAGGUUCAGGUGGUGCGAUGCUUCAUAUGGCUCUCCAAGCGUCCACGCGUGAGUGGCAAGGCUGUGGAGAAGCUGCUGGGGCACUGCACACAUUUUUGUAUGCUUCGCCGUGAGCUUCUUUCAAUGUUUCGAACCUUGUAUGAUUUCAUGCAGCAUUCAUACCACAAGCGCUCCAGGCUGUGGGAGUCCUGUGCAAAGGAGGCUCGAUGGGCAAGUCAUCUCCUGAAGUUAUGUGUGGCAAACUUGCGCCGUCCGUGGAGCCAAACAAUCACGGCAUCGGACGCGUCGCUGUCAGGUCUGUCAGUGAGUCGGCGCGAACUGGACGUAGAACAACAGAAGCAGCUUGGACAGAUGAAAGAGUCUUGGAGAUACAAGCCCAACACAGUUGUAAAACCCAGGGAACGAGCUCAACCUGUUAUUGAUCCUUUUAGAGAUCCCAGCAGCGUGAAACCUUUAACUGUUGAAAAAAGAGACCCUUUUGCAAUCGAUCCGUUUUUUCCUGAAGUUGAUCCCUCUAUUCUGCAUCCUGAUGAUUGGCAUGAAGUUUUCAGCAUUCGCAUGCAGAGACCAGAGCACAUCACUCUUUUGGAAGGCAUCGCCUGGUGUGUACGUUGGAUUCCGAGUGAAGUCAACGUGGCAGACAAGGGCUCUCGUCGUUGGGAACACCUGCGCAAACCAGAUGCUUCUUGCCCAGAGAAGACAUGGAAGAAGCAAGCAGUUGAUGCCAUGUGCUACCCCAACAUUGUCUCUAUUCAAACCACUGCCAAGAAGGGCAGGAAGGCAGUACUUCAGAAAACCCUGAAGACCAAGCAGGAGAAAGUUCAAUUCAGGCAGACAGUUGUUCAGCAGAGAUGCGAUCCCCCGCGGUUUCAGGGACAGACUUUUCUGGAAAAGCUUGCAGUGUCGGACCGAGUGGCUUUAGACUAUGCCCAUCGGAUGGAGGAACUUCACCGAUUUGCAAAGGCUCAAGGCUACACCUUGAAAAAGAAGAACACCUUCGACGAGGUUUGCUGCAAGUUUGUGAACAACAUGUUCGAACUCGGCUUCGACCUCCAAGACGGCACAAAGACUUUGGCCGCCAUUAUCGAUGCCAACCCAGGCUAUGGCCCUCGACACAUGCUUCCAAGGACAAGGCGAGCACUCCACGGUUGGUCAAAGACAGAGCCUCAGAAGACAAGGCCACCUCUGCCUUGGCCCCUCAUAGCUGCAAUGACGCUUGCUAUGCUCAAGAAGGGCAGAGCACAUGCAGCGGCAGGCGUGCUCCUGAUGUUCUCAGCCUAUCUACGACCAGGCGAAAUGCUGGAUCUACAGAUUGGCGAUUUAGUGGCGCCGAUGCCCGGGAAAACAUGCUUCUCACUUCAUCUCCACCCCGCCGAAAGAAGGGAGCAAUCCAAGGUAGGACUGAGCGACGAAAGUAUGUUGCUGGACUCGCAAAACCUACAAUGGCGCUACGAAGCCCACGCAAGAAUAAACCAGGAGUUCCAUUGUCUCCCCCAGAAGACUCAGAAACUAUGUCUUCAGGCAGAAAAGGAGCUCGCCAUGAGGGGGCCACAGACUUUUUGGAGUAAGCCAGUAACCACUGCACCUGGCCGGAAGUACGUGCUGGAGAUCUUUAGUGGUUGUGCUCGUUUUUCGAUUGCAUGUGCUGAUGCUGGUUUUACUUCAUUUGCUUACGAUAUAGCCUAUGGUCCUUCAUGCGAUUUGCUAUCAACAUCUGUCUUGGAGAAGCUGAAACGCGCAAGCACUAGUCAUAUAUAUAUACAUAAUUAUAUAUAA